AUGACUUACUCUAUUCCUCCUUUUAAACUGAUCUUGAUACUAAUGGGACUUACCUUCGUAAGCGCAUGUUCUCCUCGUCUUGGUUAUAUUGGAAAAGAACCUCCCCUUACUCAUAUUACAAACCCUGUUGCUCAACCUAAUUAUCAACCCGUGACUAUGCCAAUGCCAACUCCUUCUGCACCGACAGAGUCCCCUCAUGUCCAAAUUCGCCAAACAAAUUCCUUAUGGCAAACAGGAGCGCGAGCCUUCUUUGAAGAUCAGCGCGCUAGUCGCAUUGGCGACAUUGUCACGGUUCUUGUGAAAACAAAAGAUAAGGUUAAAAUUGAAAACAAAAGCAAGCGCAGCCGACAAACGGCAGAAAAAGGGGGCAUCGACCGCACAGAUGAAAUAGAAACAAAAAUUGCCACAACGAUUACACAAAUCCUUCCCAAUGGAAAUCUCGUCAUCUGGGGGCGACAAGAAAUGCGGGUAAACUUUGAAGUGCGAGACCUCAUGAUUAAGGGAAUCGUCCGUCCUUCAGAUAUCGCGGCAGAUAACACCAUAGACUAUGCUAAAAUUGCUGAAGUUCGGCUAUCUUAUGGCGGUCGGGGACACAUCUCUGAAAUGCAACAACCCCCAUAUGGUCAGCAGAUCCUCAAUAUCAUCUCCCCCUUCUAA